AAUAGCUCAGCGAUUAAUCCUCCAUGAACAGAUUAAGACAGUGAAAAAAAAAAGGAGAAGAAAUGGCUGAAGAAUCACAGAAGCGAUUUCAGGAAGCCAUGGACAAGAUCUUUCGUACUCCUCCUAAAUCCAAACCCAAUUCCAGUGCAUCUGGAGUUCAAUUAUCAAGAGGCAAGAAGCGCCCUGAUAUGUCAUCAACAGUUAACAAACACAACUUAUUAGCUACUAAAGGUUCAGGGGAAGCUCCGCCGUGUAAACCAUGGGACCGAGAUGAUUUGUUUAGAAGGAUAUCAACUUUUAAGUCUAUGACCUGGUUUGCAAAACCACAGACAAUCAGUGCUGUUAACUGUGCUAGAAGGGGUUGGAUUAACGUAGAUAUGGAUACCAUUGCCUGUGAAGCAUGUGGAUCACGAAUGCUCUUCACUACUCCGCCAUCUUGGACACAACAACAAGUUGACAAAGCAGCCUUGGUGUUCAGCUUGAAGCUAGAUAGUGGACACAAGCUACUUUGCCCUUGGAUUGACAAUGUCUGUGAUGAAAAACUAGCAGAUUUUCCACCCAGAGCUACUGCUGUGCUAGUUGAUCAGUAUAAAAUUCGGGAUUCUGUUCUAUCACAGCUUGCUGCUCUUCCCGUGAUUUCACCUAAGGCCAUUGAUUUCUUGAAAAGCCCUCAGUUGGAACAAUUUCUACGAGAAUCUUUAACUGUGGAGCAUGAUGAGUCCAUGCAAACUCCCCAAGAAGAAGACACCAGAAAUGAACCCACUUCAGCUUCUUCUCUCACAUAUUAUCAGGCACAGAAACUCAUUAGCUUAUGUGGCUGGGAACUCCGCAGACUGCCAUAUUUGGUUGACCCCAAGGAUCAGCUGAAUCAAUCUAGUAAGGAUGCCAGUCUCUCAGAUAAGUCUAUUUUGAGCAGAAAGAGUCAGACUAUCACUGUCUACAGUUCAUGUACUGAUAAGACUUCUGAGAGCAAGCCAGAUGAUGACAAUCAAGCUUCUGAAGAAACAAUAAUCAAUCCAAAUUCUGUUGUUCUCGACUGCAGGCUUUGUGGGGCUUGUAUUGGUCUAUGGGAUUUUUCCAUGGUUUGUCGGCCUUUGGAAUUUCUACGAGUAAGUGGAUACACACAUGUCAAUAAUGGCCAUAUCAGUCACACCGAUGGUGGUAAAAACAUUCUUUCAGGCAACAGUGAUCGUGAUGAGAGUAGAGAAUGCAUAGGACAAGUUGCAACUUCUGCUAACUCUAUGUUAGCUAGAAGACCACCAAAUUUCAACUUGACGAUUGCCGGUGGUCCUCCUCCAGCAACACAUAAUUAUAGGGCGAAAAUAUCUCUGCCAAUCAUUGGACGGAAUUUGAGGGCAUGGUUUAUUGCUGAAUCUGAGCUUAAGGAUGAUUUAGUAAACAAGAGCUCAUCUGGUGUAUGCAAAAAUCCAGAGUUUUUUGCAGGAGAAAAUACUGAGGAAGGAACUUCACUGUCUUCAUUGGAAGUGAGUACAGAAGCUCAACCGGAAAACAGUCAGGCUGCAGCGCAAGUUUCUGGUAACACCACUGAAAUGGCUGAUAAUGCAGAAAGUGUGAACAAGAUUGAUCCAGCAGUCACGGGUCAUUGUAAGGACAAGGUUGGAAAUGAUUUUGGAUCAAGUGGCAUGGAUAGUGUCACAAGUCGUGUAGGGGAAAGUGGUCAGAGCAGAGUGAUGGUUGAGGUUAACAAUUGUACACAAGGAGGGGAACAAGGCAAUGCGAAUGAUGUUACUACGGCUGGAGUGCAUCCUCUUAUUCAUGACAUUUCAUCAAGUCGAGGGAAGGAGUUGCGAAUGCUAUCCUUAGAUAAAGCUUUGGAGUUUGAUCCAUUCAAGCUGCACAGAUAUUUUUGUCCCUGGAUAGCGUCUAAUGGUGGCUCUCCACCAGGAUGGGAACAAACAUUAUCCGCUUUAGAACGUCAUGAGGAAUCUUCUUCUCCUUUGUCCAAUUAUGCUCCAUCUUCCUUGAUUAAGGUGGAUGAUCCUGUUGCUUCCGUGCAAAAGCUUUUUACAUCUCCACAGGCUAAACGAAGGAAGCUUGUCCGUCCAAGUUAAAUCAGCAAAGUUAUCCAUGUUAUGAGUACACCCCAUGGUUCGAGAGGAAAAAGACUUUCACCGGGCAGACUGCGAUAAGAUUACCUUCCCUAUGGAGACAGUUUCUGCAUCUUAUUGCCUAUAUUUUACCUGGAUGUUACAACCAUGUGCUUUUGAAGAAUACUGUAGAAGAUGCGCCUCUGUUCUAGGCUUGUUGUAGUGGCUAAUUAGCAGGACAUUGUUUGAUAUAAUUUUUCCAAAGUGAGCAAGGGAGACUUUUUGUGUAUGCUAUUAUUGAUUACUUAUUUGGAAGAGGAUCGUAAUCUGCUUUUUGAGACAGAGAAAGUAAACAAGGGGAAAACACCAUAAUUAUUACCAUUGAUGUAAGCUUUCUGUCGAGAGGUAAAAUUGCAUUAGGAAUUUGUUUUGUACAUGAUUUUACUUGAGCGUUUCUUCCUCUUAACAGAAAUGAAAGGACAAAAAUCUCUUAACAGCA